AUGCCUUCUCUGGGACUUGUGCUUCUGUGCCUGGUGGCCCUGGCUCUGCUGAGUUCAGCCAGCCAGCCCCCCAACAUUGUCCUCAUUUUCGCCGAUGACCUGGGCUUUGGAGAUCUGGGCAGCUAUGGGCACCCCACCUCCUCGACACCCAACCUGGACAAGAUGGCGGCCGGCGGCCUACGGUUCACCGACUUCUAUAGCAGCAGCCCCGUCUGCAGCCCCUCCCGGUACGCCAAUCCCCAUCUCCCUUUCUUGAUCAAUUGCUGGGAGUUAGUUAAUGUGACAUAAGUCACACCAAAGGGGGCAGUCAUCUUUCCCGGACUCAGUCCCUCCUCCCCACGCCCCAGAUAUGCAGUUAUACAGACUAUGCUAACCGUAAAAUGUUCUGGACACCAGUACACACACGAUGACUGGUUCUUGCAUGUUCUAUCGCUCCCUUCCCUUAGUCCUUGGGCAGGGGUGGACUUUGGUAAUAUGGCACCCUGAGCAAGGACAAAAUUGGGCACCCCUUCCAACCGUGAGUCAUUAUUAUUGGGUAUUAUUAUUACCGUAUUGGCCCGCAAAUAAGCCACACCUUUAAAAACAUUUUUUGGGGGGGAGGAAAGACAAUAAGGGAAUAUAAUCUGCUCCCUUAAAAUUGGGUUACAGGCUGAAUAUUCCUGCAUUUGGUAGAAUUGUAACUCUGAGCCAAUUGAAACCUUUGAUCUUGCAAGCCCGCAAAAGUUUCCAUACAACCGCUAAAAUCAUAAAUCACUAUUCAGUCGCCACAAUUCCACAGGCACACUUGUAAAUGGCAACAGUCUGAAGCUCGCAAAUUGGCAAGAAAACAUGUUUUGUUCCUUUUUACUGUACGUCUGUUUCAGCAGCGAUAUCCUAAAAACCCAUUUUUGUAAGGUUGCAAAUUUAAGCUGCAGUUUAACUUUUCACGGUCGGAAUUUGGCGAGGGGGAAGUGAGGCUUAUAUUCAAGCUAAUGCAGUAUUAUUCUGCACCCGCUCUGCUCAGCGCCCAGUGGGGGGGGGGAGGAACUGUCCAGAUUGCCCUAAAUCUGGCGCUGCCUGGGGCACCUUUCCUUGAGUGGGCAGGUGACUGCAUGUUCCUUUUGGAGUGGGUGGGGUUUGGCUGGAGCUGGGUGACUGCCUAGCUGUUGGCCCAGAAGUCUGGUGUCUUUCCUACGUGCUCUUACCCCUCCAGGGCAGCCCUGCUGACUGGUCGCUACCAGACCCGCUCCGGCAUUUACCCUGGCGUGUUCUACCCUGGCUCCCGAGGAGGCCUCCCCUUGGCCGAGGUGACUCUGGCGGAGCUGCUGAAGGGGCGAGGCUAUGCCACUGCCAUGGUAGGCAAGUGGCACCUGGGCCUCGGACCGAAUGGGACGUUCCUGCCCACGCACCAAGGGUUCGACCACUUCCUGGGGGUGCCCUACUCGCAUGACCAGGUGAGAUGCGGCCCGGUGGGCAAAGCAGGGAGCAUCGCAGGCUCAGAAGGGGGGAGGCUUGGCGUCGCUGCAGGAAAGGAGGAGAGCUGGGCUAGGAGACCCUUGUGCUUUAGGCUGCAGCUGAAGCAGUUUUGAUGAGAGGGUCUAACUCAGAUCUGCUUGGGGAGAUGCAAGGUUUUCCCCCUCAAUUACAGCAUUCACUGUGAAUUUGGUGGUUUGUUCAUUUUUUUAUAUAUAAAAAGAAAAGCACUGAAUUCAGCAGGUUCGGAUUUGAACCUGACUACCUUGGGAUGCGGGUGGCGCUGUGGGUUAAACCACUGAGCCUAGGACUUGUCGAUCAGAAGGUCGGCGGUUCGAAUCCCCGCGACGGGGUGAGCUCCCGUUGCUCGGCCCCUGCUCCUGCCAACCUACUAGUUUGAAAGUACGCCAGUGCAAGUAGAUAAAUAGGUACCGCUCCGGCGGGAAGGUAAACGGCAUUUCCGUGUGCUGCUCUGGUUCACCAGAAGCGACUUAGUCAUGCUGGCCACAUGACCCGGAAGCUGUACGCCUGUUCCCUCGGCCAAUAAAGCGAGAUGAGCGCCGCAACCCCACGACUGGACCUAAUGGUCAGGGGUCCCUUUACCUUUACCUUGAUAUUAUAUUGGCAAUACAAUAUCACUUAAUUCUUUGAAAAAUGCUUCUCACAAACAAAUCACAGAACUGAAGGGAUACUGAGAUUCAUCUAGUCCAAUCCCCUGCAAUGCAGGGAUUUUUAAGCAUUAAAUUAACAACGCAAUGAACUUUAAACAUUACAUUUCAGAAUGUGGCCCUGAGCCCUAUUUACUGGGAAGCAACAGCAGGAGAAUGCUGUUGCCUUUGGGCCUGGAACUUGGGGGUUUCCUGGGAGCAUCUACGUAGUUGCCCCUCUUGGGAAUGGGCUGCUGGUCUGGAUGGGCAUUUGGUCUGCUCUGGCAAGGCUCUUGUUAAGUUCUUCACUGUGAAAUGUUGAUGAAUUGUGUGUGAGAGAGAGCAGUGCCGGAUUUACGUAUAAGCUAAAUAAGCUAUAGCUUAGAGCCCCACUCUCUUGGGGCCCCCCAAAAAAAUUAAAGGGAAAAAAAACCUGGAUGUACAUUUCAAAAAUAUAAGAUAAAAAACAAAUAAAAUAAAACCUACAUACAGCAACAUUGUUUGUGUGUUGUGUAGGCUCCUAUGUUGUAAGUCAUGGGCCCCGCCUGCUAGCCUGCUGCCUAAAAUAUCACUGGUUUGCUCCUUUCUAUAAUAAUAAUAUUAUAACAAUUUAUUAUUUAUACCUGCCCAUCUGGCUGAGUUUCCCCAGCCACUCUGGGCGGCUCCCAAUCAAGUGUUAAAAACAAUACAGCAUUAAAUAUUAAAAACAUCCCUAAACAGGGCUGCCUUCAGAUGUCUUUUAAAGGUAAGAUAGCUGCUUAUUUCCUUGACAUCUGAUGGGAGGGCUUUCCAUAGGGCGGGCGCCACCACCGAGAAGGCCCUCUGCCUGGUUCCCCGUAACCUCACUUCUUGCAAUGAGGGAACUGCCAGAAGGCCCUCGGCACUGGAUCUCAGCGUCCGGGCUGUAUGAUGGGAGUGGAGACAUUCCUUCAGGUAUAUUUCUAUAUAUAGGGUGCCUACAUUCUGUGUGGACUAGUUGCAUGCCAACAUGUGCAAAUGGCUUGAGAUACCUAUUAGGUCCAUCAAUUACCAUAUAGCAUACAUUCAACACACAAAACAGUGACAAUUUGUUGUUGACAAUGGACAGCUGGACAUAUCAAGGGCCCCAUGACCUUCAGUAGCUGAGGGCCUCAUCAAACCUCAAUCUGGCCAUGUGUUUGUGUGUGUGUGAGAGAGAGAGAAAGAUUAAGGUUAAGCUUCAUCAUUGCCCAUAUGGGAGUGGUGCUGGUGGAGCUAGAACAAUGAGUGGCAACCCUUAAAUGGGCUUCUAAGGCAAUGAGCGCCUGUGGUUUUGUGUGCAUUCUGUGCCACUGGCAUGCUCUGACUCCUCCUCUCUCCUGUGAUAACACCGCCUUUCCCCUUCUUCGUCCUGCUUCAGGGCCCCUGCCAGAACCUCACCUGCUUCCCCCCGGACACGCCCUGCUUUGGGACCUGCGACCAGGGAGUGGUUCCCGUCCCCGUGUUCUGGAACCAGAGCAUCAUACAGCAACCUGUGUCCUUCCCACACUUGCAGCCUCUCUACAACAGCUUUGCCCGAGACUUCAUUGUCGCUUGCGCACGGCGCAACCAGCCCUUCCUGCUAUAUUAUGCCUCCCAUGUAAGUUCCGGAGCUCUUUGUGCAGGCUUGGGGCAAAGAACCCAGGCAGUUAAGUUUUAUUCCUGUCCUUCGGAUGGGCUGGAGCCUGUUCUCUGGAGUCUGCUGUGUGACAUGUGCUUGUAUGCCACACAGGCAAGAAUGAGCAGCCACAUGGUCUUCCACCUCUCCUGUUGAUGGGGAUUUUGAUGCACCCCGCUCCCCUCUGAAGCUAAUAUUAUUAUUUAUUACUUAUACCCUGCCCAUCUGUCUGGGUUUCCCUAGCCACUCUGGGCAGCUCCCAACAGAAUAUUAAAAGCACAAUAAAACUUCAAACAUUAAAAACUUCCCUAAACAGGGCUGCCUUCAGAUGUCUUGUAAUAGUCAGAUAGUUGCUUAUUUCCUUGACAUCGGAUGGGAGGCUGUUCCACAGGGCGGGCGCCACCACUGAGAAGGCCCUCUGCCUGGUUCCCUGUAACCUCAUUUCUCACAGGGAGGGGACCUCCAGAAGGCCCUCGGAGCUGGACCUUUAAAGCACCAGCACUUUGAAUUGUGCUCAGAAACGUACUGGGGGCCAAUGUAGGUCUUUCAGGACUGGUGUUACAUGGUCUUGGUGGCCACUCCCAGUCACCAGUCCAGCUGCCACAUUCUGGAUUAGUUGUAGUUUCUGGGUCACCAUCAAAGGUAGCCCCACGUAGCGCAUAUUGCAGUAGUCCAAGUGGGAGAUAACUGCAGCAGGUGUUUCUUCACAAAGAGCAGAACUGCUGCAAGUCUCUUGUUUUGAGUGGCUUUUGAAAAAGGGUUGGGUGCUUUAAAAGAAUAGUCUGAGUUCCCCGUAUCAUGCUUAGCCCCACCCUUGGGUGAUGAAGUGCAUCCUGCAAAAUAAUCACAUGUAUGCACAUUUCUGAUGGUCCAGACCCUUCUCAAAACCUCAAGGCUCUUCUGCUGCCAAAUAAUGAUUUUAUAAAUAUAAAAUGCUGCAUGUUUCUGACCACCAGGUGCGGGCAGUUAAGAGCACUGCUGGGCUGCCCCUGUCUUUAACAAAGAAUUGUAAGGGUUGGAAGGGACUCUGAGGGUCCUCUAGCCUAACCCCACACAAUGACGGACUCUUAACUAAAACAGACAUGGUAGGUGGCCGUCCGACCUCUGCUUAAAACCCUCCAAGGAAGGAAAGUCCAUCAUCUGCUAUUGUAGAUGGUCUAUUCUGCUACUGUAUGACUUGCGUCGUCAGAAAGUUCUUCCUGGUGUUUAGUGGGAACAAAACAAAAUAAUGAAGUUAAAACACCAUUAAAACACUGCAACAAGGCGAUUAAACCAGUUAGUAAUGCUGUAGCAGCCUUAUAAUCAGUUCAAAAGCCUGUGAGAAAAUGUGUUUCUUUAAGUUGUCUCCCAGAAGUCAUGGGGGGGGGGCAUAUCUCCAGAUGGAAAGACUUAUACAGUGGUACCUCUAGUUACGAACUUACCGGUAAUUCGUUCCGGAGGUCCGUUCUUAACCUAAAACUGUUCUUAGCCAGAGGCGUGCUUUUGCUAAUGGGGCCUCUUGCUGCCGCUGUGCCACCGGCACACGAUUUCUGCUCUCAUCCUGGGGCAAAGUUCUCAACUUGAGGUACCUCUUCCAGGUUAGUUGAGUUUGUAACCUGAAGCAUUUGUAACCUGAGGCAUUUGCAACUUGAGGUACCACUGUAUAUAACAAGGGAGCCACCACAGAGAAGCCCCAGCCAGGAAAAUGGGAAUGGUAGAGAUCAACUUUUGGACAAAUUAAGCUGGGGGUGGAGCACAUAGUUUUAAUUUCACAGCAUCUCCUCUAUCAAUUGCAAUGAGCCAGGAUGCCUAAAGGGGGAGAGAGCUAGUCCCUCCUGCAUCGUCCUUGCAAGCUCCCCAGAGGCGUCUUGCUGGGCCACGUUGGCCAAUGGAACCAGCAGGGCUCUUCAAAGGUUUCCUGGUGAAGCUAUUCUGCUGAAGUUAGGAACAUUGACAAGUGCCUUGCUCUCUACUCGUCCACAGCACACGCAUUACCCCCAAUUUGGGAGCCAAGAAUACGCAGGCCGCCGCCCAGGGGCCCUUUCGGAGACGCCCUCCUUGAGUUUGAUGGAUCUGUGGGCACAUUUUGCAAGCGCUGCAGGACGGCGGGGUAGCCGAAAACUCCCUGGUGUUCUUCACUGCUGACAACGGGUGAGGGUGCUUCUCACCUCCAAGAUAUCUAACCCAGAACUGGGUCUCAACGUUGUUGUUUUUGCUCGGGAAGCAGGAAAGAUUGGCAAAGACUGUUGCGGAUUUUAUUAGGACGGACAGUGAAUUGCUGACAUUGGAGACUAGUUCUGCUGCCUUAAUAUACUUUUUGACUACAGCUGAGCUCCUGAGCUCCUUGAAGGCAAAUUGAUCCAUCUGGCCAUAAGAUAUGGCUGCAGAAUUUGGGGAGCUUUGAGUUCCAGGCAACUUAUGUGCAUUGAACACAUGCAAGUUCAACUGUAUGCGGUUGGCAUUGCACAAAUUAAACACAUGGAAGGCAGAGAGCUUAAAAGCUCUUUUUGUGCAGGGCUUCCCCAGUGUGGAAGGAGCAUUUAAACUCUCAGACUUCCUUACUGGGCUCUGGGAGGCUCUCAUGAGAUCUUGGGAUGGCCAUGCAAGAUCUCGCAAGAGCCUCCCAGAGACCAGUAAGUAAACUCAGUGUUUGAAAGCUCUCUUUCCCAUUUGUGGUGAGGGGUUAAGACCCGUUUGGCAUGCCGGCUCUGGAAGGUAAAGAUGAUCGCACAGGGGCACUUCCAAGGCGUUGUUUUGACCAUACGCGAUUUUGGCUUUAUACACACGGCCCAGGGAAAUUAAUCCCUGUGUCACGCUUGUUAGAAAGGGGAUGUUUUAAUGGAAAAUGAGUGAGGUCCCAACCAAAGAAGAACGUUAACUUAAACUGAUGGAAUAUAUCUAACAUAUAGAAUAAGAAAACAAGAAAAAUGCACGUUUAAAGAAGACUGGAAAAUGUUUACUGAAUAUCUGGGUGAAAAUUGUGUUCAUUUGAAAACGCUGGUAGCAUUAAGAUAAAUUUGACAGUGCAAAUAAGAUUUGAUGUAUGUAGCAAUUGAUUACUGAGCGGUUUAGUUCAUGUAAAAUAUGUAGAGAUGUAAGGUAUGUAAAAGGACACGGGUAGUGCUGUGGGUUAAACCACAGAGCCUAGGGCUUGCCGAUCAGAAGGUCAGUGGUUCGAAUCCCUGCGAUGGGGUGAGCUCCCGUUGCUCAGUCCGUGCUCCUGCCAACCUAGCAGUUCGAAAGCACAUCAAAGUGCAAGUAGAUAAAUAGGUACCACUCCAGCGGGAAGGUAAACGGUGUUUCUGUGCGCUGUUCUGGUUCCGCCAGAAGCGGCUUAGUCAUGCUGGCCACAUGACCCAGAAGCUGGCACACCGGCUCCCUAGGCCAGUAAAGCGAGAUGAGCACCCCAACCCCAGAGUCGUCCGCCACUGGACCUAGCGGGCACGGGUCCCUUGACCUUUAAGAUAUAUACAAUGAACCAUGGAAAGAAGAGAAGUUAUUGAUUUAAGGUUGCUUAAAUGAAUAUUUCGAAACGUAAUUUAGAAAAUGUUUUAAAUGAAAAAGGGGUGGGGUGGGGGAAUAUUGCAUCCUAAUGUUCAUUUCCUCUCGCUUGCAGCCCUGAAACUAUGCGCAUGUCCCGAGGAGGCAGCUCUGGCCACCUCAAGUGUGGCAAGGGCACAACGUAUGAGGGUGGAGUGAGGGAGCCUGCUGUGGCCCACUGGCCAGGCCGCAUUGCCCCAGGUACGUCCGGCCCUUGCAGCCUCAGGGUUGCAGCAACUGCUAGAGCAGGUGCAGUCCUGCAUCCAGGGGUGGAGCAAGGUGAGGGCAAUGGGGGCGGGCCGCCCCAGGUAUCAUUACCGGGGUGACAUUCGGCACACUGCAUGCCUGUGAUUCCCGCCUACUGCAAUCUGUCAGGGGAAUUGAUGGAUCUGGGCCACUUUGCCGGCAGCCUUCCCCCACCCCCCACCCCGUUUUGACAGCCCCACGUUCCCUGGCUGCUUUAGGAGGCAGGGAGGCAGGCAAGCAAACAAGCAAAGGGCGAAGGGAAGAAGAGAAGGAGAAUCUCCCUCAACUCAGGACCCAAAGCCUGUAACCCCAAAAGAAGCUCAAGAACUUUGGCCAACCCUCCCCUUAAAAAAAAGGGAUGCGGGUGGCGCUGUGGGUUAAACCACAGAGCCUAGGACUUGCCGAUCAGAAGGUCAGUGGUUCGAAUCCCCGCCACGGGGUGAGCUCCCAUUGCUCGGUCCCUGCUCCUGCCCACCUAGCAGUUCCAAAUCACGUCAAAGUGCAAGUAGAUAAAUAGGUACCGCUUCGGCGGGAAGGUAAACGGCGUUUCCGUGUGCUGCUUUGGUUCACCAGAAGUGGCAUAGUCAUGCUGGCCACAUGACCCGGAAGCUGUACGCCAGCUCCCUCGGCCAGUAAAGCGAGAUGAGCGCCGUAACCCCAGAAUUGGCCACGACUGGACCUGACGGUCAGGGGUCCCUUUACCUUUACCCCUAAAAAAAACUCAACAACUCCUGGCAAUGACAAUGGGUAGAUCACAGCCAGUCUUUUUAUACUGUGAGUAGAUCGCAGUCUCUUGGGAGUCCAACUAGAUUUCAGGGGGGAGGGGGUGACAAGAAAUUUUCCACACCGGGUAUCACCUAACCUUGCUAUGCCACUGCUUGCAUCUGCCCUGGCUACCCUUCCUGCCUUGUGUUCAGAGGAUGCCACAGCGCAUGUCUUCCAAAUUGGGGCUGGGCACCUGGUGUGUGUUUUUUUUUUAAAAAAUAUUUUUUAAAGGACUGCCUCCCCAUCCUGGACCUUGCAGGUCGUGUUUACAAUCUAGCAGGAAGUACAGGGGUUGCUUUGGCUGGCGGUGAAACUGGGUGUAUUGCUUGCCUGUCGGUUACAUGGGGGUGUUAUAAUUAAUACUAUUUUUAAUGGAUUUCUAGGGGGUAUACCCUCCCCGGGUGGGCUAAAACAAGUCAACGCCAAAAUUUAAAGUACCAUACCCCAAUUGUCUUUCGCUGCUCCUUCUUUUCCUGUCUGUUUCUGCAUUCAGGUGUGACCCAUGAGCUGGCUAGCACCCUAGACAUCCUGCCUACCGUGGCGGCCUUGGCUGGGGUUCCUCUCCCCAAUGUCACACUGGACGGCUACAACCUCAGCCCCAUCCUCUUUGGAAGUGGGAAGGUGAGCUUCCGGUUGGUUUCUCCUUCUCAGCAGCGGCUGUCACAGUCAGUGUGAAUUGAAAUGGGCUGCUGGGGGGGGGCAGGUAGGGGCAGAGAAGCGGGGUGGUCCAUUGACCCCUCUGCACUCCAUCCUGCUUCCUUGGUGCCACUGCAGACUGGUCUUCCGGGAUUGCAGCAGUUCCACCACGUUCCCUCCGACACCAUUUGAGGGACCGCAAGGCUUCGAGCGAAUCUCUGAGGCCGUGGUGCUUGGGGGGAGCUUGGUGACGCUGGAGAGCAGCUUGAGAAGUGUGCUGGAUUUAGGUUUGAUGAGGCCCUAAGCUACUGAAGGUAAUGGGGCCCUUGAUAUGUCCAGCUGCUGCUGCUGGAGCAAACACUUCUGUGCUUCCAGGUAAGGUUAGGCUAAGCAUGUGGGAAUGUUAAGGAUAGUAGGAGAGGAUAUAUUGAUUAAAUAUUAUCCUUCCUUCACUCACUCUCGUGAGUCAUGUAGCAGAGCAGAAAGCUAGUUUGCAGAUUAGUUUGAAUCUCUUUAGUUAAGCAGAUUGGAUUAUUCCUGGUGUCCCCUUUUAUCCUUCUUAAAAGAAUAAGGACACAAGUGUCUUUCCUUAAAAGUAACAAGAGGUUUACUCACAUUCAGUUCACGGUAUGAUCCUCGAAGGCUUUAGCUAGUACAGUGGUACCUCGGGUUACAUACGCUUCAGGUUACUUAUGCUUCAGGUUACAGACUCUGUUAACCCAGAAAUAGUACCUCGGGUUAAGAACUUUGCUUCAGGAUGAGAACAGAAAUCGUGCAACGGCAGCACGGCGGCAGCAGGAGGAUCCAUUAGCUAAAGUGGUGCUUCAGGUUAAGAACAGUUUCAGGUUAAGAAUGGAGCUCCGGAACGAAUUAAGUUCUUAACCCGAGGUACCACUGUAGUUACAAAUACAGAGAAAAGUGUGGCUUACAUCCUUUGUAAGGAUCAAAGCCCAUGUGCUGCUGGCUGAGAGCCAGCAGACAGCAAAAUGCAUUAAGAGAACAGCAUCAAGAGAACAAAAAUGGCAGCAGGAGAGCAGUAUGGAAUCGAGAGAGAGAGAUGGCUGCGUGACUCAUCUCUUUUAUGGAGUCAGCCAGAGCCAGGCCCAUCUCCCUGGUCACAUGCAGGGGGGGGAUGCGCCAGACCAGUGGAACAGGAAGUUACACUGACUGGAUGUCCCCCUGCCUGUGCCCACGCUAGGGAAAUAAGAAAUGUUGCGUUUGACUGCACCAAUGAAUUACACCCCACAAAGCAGAUCUGUCGCUGAAGGCGUCCCGCUCAACGUUUUCUCUCUUGGCAGCCAGUGAAGUGGAAAAUCUCAUGCUUUGCAUAUUACCUUCCCCACAUUGUUGUUCCUUAAAUUUAUAUGCUGCCUUUCAACCAAAUAUCACAAGGCAUAUCAUUCUGGCUCCUCUUUCAGAGUCCCCGUCAGACCAUGUUCUAUUACCCCCCAGCCCCCAGCCAGUCGCUCGGCGUCUUCGCAGUCCGCUAUGGAAAAUACAAAGCCCACUUCUUCACGCAAGGUAAGCCCAGGGCCUGAUCCUGCCUUGCUCUCCCUGUGGUCAUCUGAACCCCUUCCUGACCUGGGAUGGCAAUGGUGCGCCAUGUCUCCUUUUUGUGUCAUUGCAGGAGCCUUCCUUAGCGACACGACCCCCGACCGGGACUGCCAUGGGUUGACCCCCCUGACGGGCCACGAGCCCCCGCUGCUCUUUGACCUGGACUCAGAUCCUGCGGAGAAUUACAACCUCCUUCAAGGCGGGCCUGUGGGACCCGACGUCCUGUCUGCCCUCAAGGAGCUCUGUCUGCAGAAGGCGCUUUUCGAUAAACAGAUGGAGUUUGGGGAGAGUCAGCUUGCGAGGGGCAGUGAUCCGUCGCUGGAGCCCUGCUGUUCUCCUUCGUGUAGCCCAAAGCCUUUGUGCUGCAGCUGCGCGUCGGCCUCUUAG